ACAAAUUAAUAAGAAACUUUAAUCUAAUCUUUCUGAAAAAUAAAUAUUCAAAGUUUCACUCGGUUUGAUAAAGUCAGCGUUAUUGAGUUAUUCCAGUGCAAUCUUACCCACGACAUGGAAGACAAAAUAGUUGUAUUAUUACUUAUUUUAAGUGGGUUUUCUGUAGUGUAUACACAAAGUUCUAACUAUCGCGAUGUAAAAAUAAAUCAAGGUGUUGUACGAGGUUAUAAACAGUCUGGUGAAAAUAUUUUUACCUUUCAAAGUAUACCUUAUGCUUCUGUACCAACUGGGCGUGACUUUUACAAGGCGCCAUUACCAGCACCUACGUGGAACGGAACGUUUGAAGCUACAGAUAAGAAAAUAGCGUGUCAUCAAGCUGGGGUAGGACUAAUUCCUAACGAUACUAAAAUUGAAGAACAAUGUCUUAUUGCUAAUAUAUAUACUCCUGACAGUUUAACAGAAAAAUUACCGGUAGUCGUUAUGGUUCAUGGAGGAGCCUUUUUAAUAGGUUAUGGAAAUGAUUUACAACCAAAAAACCUAGUUAAAAGUGGUAAAGUCAUAGCUGUAACAUUUAAUUAUCGGCUUGGGCCACAUGGAUUUCUAUGCUUAGGCACUGAUAUAGCUCCCGGAAAUGCUGGAAUAAAAGAUCAAGUAGCACUCCUACGAUGGGUACGAGAUAAUAUUGAACAUUUUGGAGGAAACCCUAACGAUGUCACAAUCUCUGGGUGUAGUGCUGGUUCUUCAUCUGUUGAUUUAUUAUUGAUUUCAAAGAUGGCAAAAGGUUUAUUUCACAAAGUGAUAGCUGGAAGUGGUGCUAACACAAAUGCCUUUAGCGUUCAAACAGAACCAAUAUAUAAUGCUAAACAAUUUGCUCAACUAUUAGGAUUCAAUAACACUAACGACAUAAAAGCUUUAGAAAACUUUUAUUUGGACACACCGUACGAGACAUUGCUAAGUUACUCAAACCACUUGCAUACGAGACGAGAUUCGGUGGUAUUAUUUUCACCGUGCAUUGAAAAAGAUAUAGGACAGGAGGUCUUCUUAGAAGAUAGCCCAGUGAAAAUAUUAGAAAGCAAAGAUUACGUAAUAGUCCCCAUGCUUUACGGUUUUUGCGACAUGGAAGGAUUAUUCCGAUUAAAUUUUUUUGAUAAUUGGAAAACUCUAAUGAAUGAAAAUUUUCUCGAGUUUUUACCGCCUGACUUGGGUAAUAGUUUAACAGAAAGAGAAACACUCGCCAAAGACAUUAAAAAAUUCUAUUUUGGUGACGAACAAGUCUCAGAAAGUAACAUUUUGAGGUACAUAGACUUCUUCACAGACGUUAUGUUCGGUUACGCGAUGCUAAGAUCUGCAAAGCUUCAAGUGGAGGCUGGAAAUAAUCAAUUGUAUCUUUACGAGUAUUCUUUUGCUGAUGAGAGCGUGGAUUUAAUUCCAAACACUAACAUAAGAGGUGCAACACAUUGUGCUCAAGAAGCUGCUGUUUUGGAUUUGCCCAAUGAAAAUGAAUUAUCACCUGAGUAUCAAUAUAUGAAAAAAGUUAUGCGGGAUUUAUGGUUGAACUUUGUAACAACUGGAGUUCCAGUUCCGCAUGGAUCUAAUUACACAGCGUGGCUACCUAUGUCGCUUCAGAGGUCUUACAUGUCCUUGAAUAGUACUUUAGAGUACAGAGAUGCUUGGAGGCCAGAAAGAGCUAAGUUUUGGGAUGAUUUGGUUAAAGAAUUUUACAAGUUUCCAUCACCAGCUAACCCCACAAAUUUUGGGUUUAGAUUUCAAAGUACUAUUUAUAUUUUAAAUGCAGCUGUAAUAUUGGUAUUAUUAACAUCUUAUGUCACGCACAAUCUUAUCAAUUACCUCUCCAACGAAUAUUAUUUAAAACUUCACUCAAUUGUUAAAUAUGCCAUUAUAAUGAUUGAAAAUAUGGUAGAAAGAAUAAUAAUUAUAGUAUUUGUUUUUAACAUUUCUAUAGUAGUCUCUGAAAUUACAAUUUAUCGAGAUGUAACAAUAAGUCAAGGUGUGGUCCGAGGUUAUAGACAGCCAGAAGAAAAUAUUUUUACUUUUGAAAAUAUUCCAUACGCUACUGUUCCAACAGGAUAUGAAUUUUAUUCGGCACCGUUACCACCACCAACGUGGAAUGGAACUUUUGAAGCAAUGGAUAAGAAAAUAAUUUGCCAACAACCUCGUCGAGAAAAUACUAAAGAUGCUAAUAUACAAGUACAAUGUCUCAUAGUGAAUAUAUUUGUACCCCAUGGGGAUAUCAAAAACUUACCCGUAGUCGUUUUUGUACACGGAGGAGCUUUUUUAUACGGGUUUGGUAAUUCACGAACUCCGAAGAAUUUAGUCAAAAGUGGUAAAGUUAUAGCAGUGACGUUUAAUUAUCGACUUGGGCCCCACGGAUUUUUAUGCCUUGGUACAAAAGCAGCUCCAGGAAACGCUGGAAUAAAAGAUCAAAUAGCACUACUACGAUGGAUACAAGACAACAUUGAAAAAUUUGGAGGAAAUCCAAGGGAUGUAACGAUUUCUGGAUGUAGUGCUGGUUCAGUCUCAGUAGACGUUUUAGCCGUUUCUAAGAUGGCAGAAGGACUAUUUCAUAAGGUGAUAGCAGGAAGUGGUUCUAAUAUUAAUGCUUUUAGUGUGCAAACAGAUCCAUUAGAGAAUGCUCGACUAUUUGCUCAAGAACUCGGUUUCCAUAACAUUAACGAUUUAGAAGCUUUGGAAUUUUUUUAUUUAGAGACACCCUAUGAAGUUUUGGUAAAUGGUUCAGUCCUAUUAUAUUCAAGAACUGAUUCAGUGGUAUUAUUUUCACCUUGCGUCGAAAAAGAUGUUGGACAGGAAAUGAGCUUAGAUGAAAGUCCUGUGAAAAUACUGUUGAGUAAAAAUUAUACAAAACUACCUAUGCUCUACGGAUUUUGUAAUAUGGAAGGACUUUUUCGAAUAAAUCAUUUUAAAGAAUGGAAAACACAGAUGAAUGAAAAUUUCCUUAAUUUUCUACCGCCCGACUUGGGUACAAGUAUAAAAAAAAGGAAAAUACUAGCAAAUGAUAUCAAAGAGUUCUAUUUUGGUAACGAGCCUGUAUCUGAUAUUAAUGUUUUGAAAUACAUAGAUUUCUUUACAGACGUUAUGUUUGGGUACGGAAUGCUUCGAUCUGCAAGACUUCAAUUAGAUGCAGGAAAUAAUCAAUUAUAUCUUUACGAGUACUCAUUUAUACACGAGAAUGACCCAUUUAUUCUUAAUACCACGAUAAAAGGUGCUACACAUUGUGCUCAGAACACUGCUGUUUUAGACGACCCUAAUGAAAAAACGUUAUCGAAUGAAUUUAAGAAAAUGAAGGUGGUUAUAAGAGAGCUGUGGUUAAAUUUUAUUACAACUGGAGCUCCAGUUCCACAAGGAUCGAGUUACCCUGCCUGGCCACCAAUGUCUCUUGAGAGGGCUUUUAUGUCGUUGAAUAGUACUUUAGAGUAUCGAGAUGCUCUUAAUCCAGAGAGUGUACAUUUCUGGGAUAAUAUUAUUAAGUAUCAUUACAUAUAUCCCAAACCACCUGAUCACUCAAGUAUAUCUUAAUUUGAAUUAUACAGACCUUUGUCAUAAUGUUAAUAAAACACUAAAUGAAAUUUU